CAACACUGAUUUUUUUCUUCCUUCUUUGCCACUGUGGCUGUGAGUCUAUCUCUGUGCCUCUUAUCCCUCACUGGUGGCGUGGCCGCAGCUUGGAGAAUCUGGUUCCUCUUCUGCUCUCUUUUUUCCUCUCUCUCCCCUCUCUCUCUCUCUCUCCCUCUCCUCUUUUCCAGCAGGGAUGUAGUACUCUUCUCAGGCAAACUUCAGCACCUCCCUGGCUGCCAAGGACUGGAUCACCUGCACUUUUCCAAGAGGGUUAUUUCUGUCUUUUGGCUGUUUGACAUCCUUUUUUCCCUUCUAUUUUUCACUGCUUUUGGUCUCUUUCUCCUGCCUGGCUUUGGGGACCAUGGCUCUAAGGGAGAACAUCCUGCCCAUUAGUGAGGUGUCCAGCCCCUUCCCGGAGGUGGUGGAGCUAAACGUGGGCGGACAGGUGUAUGUCACCAAGCACUCCACGCUGGUCAGCAUCCCUGACACCACCCUGCACGCCAUGUUCUCCCGGCACCCGCUCAAGGACCUGCCCCGGGACAGCCGCGGGCGCUUCUUCAUCGACCGGGACGGCUUCCUCUUCCGCUACGUGCUGGACUUCCUGCGGGACAAGCAGCUGGUGCUGCCGGACCACUUCCCCGAGAAGGAGCGGCUGCAGCGCGAGGCCGAGCACUUCCAGCUGGGUGAACUACUCAAGCUGCUGGCGCCCCGUGUCACCAAGCAGGGCUCCAUGAACGACGAGGGCUGCCAGAGUGACAUCGAGGACAGCUCCCAAGGCAGCGACCUGGCCCGCGCCGCCGCCCUGGACAAGCGCUCGGGAUUUAUCACCAUCGGCUACCGGGGCUCCUACACCAUGGUGCGGGACAACCAGGCCGACGCCAAGUUCCGGAGGGUGGCGCGGAUCAUGGUGUGCGGCCGCAUCGCCCUGGCCAAGGAGGUCUUCGGAGAGACCCUGAACGAGAGCAGGGACCCCGACCGGCCGCCCGAGAAGUAUACCUCUCGCUUUUACCUGAAAUUCACCUACCUGGAGCAGGCCUUCGACAGGCUGUCGGAGGCCGGGUUCCACAUGGUGGCUUGCAACUCCACGGGCACGGCCGCUUUCAUCAACCAGUACAGAGAUGAUAAAAUCUGGAGCAGCUACACUGAGUACAUCUUCUUCAGGCCAGCAGCGAGGACGGUGUCCCCAAAGCAGGACUGUGAGGAGCGCAAGCAGGAGAAGCUCCCGGACAAGGGGAGCGAGAGCGGCACCUCCCUCAACGAGCUCUCCACCUCCAGCUCCGAGACGCACUCCGAGGUCACCACGCCCCAGGACGGCUCAGCGACGGGGGGCGGUGGCGGGGGAGGUGGCGGCGGCGGCACCCUACAGUCUGUGUCCCGGCAGCCCAGCACCCUCACCCUGGGCCGGCCCUCCAAGAAGGCCUCGGUGCAGUGGAUGCAGCUGCCGGACAAGCGGCGGAACAGCGAGCUCUUCCAGUCGCUGAUGAGCGGGAGCCCGCGCGAGGGCGGCCUCAGCAGGAAGAAGGUGACGGAGAAGCUGAGCGUGGAGGAGGAGAUGAAGCAGUGCAUCCAGGACUUCCACAAGAUCAAAAUCCCACAGGAGUUUCCCGAGCGCAAGCGCCAGUGGCAGUCCGAACUCCUACAGAAGUACGACCUAUAGGGCAAUUUGUUGGUCUGUUCCUUUUUUUCUGGUUGUCGUCAUCAUUGUUCUUUUUUUUUUUUCUCUUGGUACCCAAAUCAUCAGGUGUGAUCUCGUUAUGUCCUGACACCAUAGCCGUCCCGUUCUUCUAGAUGCAGCUGACAUUUCCCCCAGAGCACCAGGGUUUUUUGUGAACAAACAGAAGUGAAAAGAAAAAACAAAGAACAACAAAAAGGAAGAAACUGGUCUCUCUACGGUGACUGUCUCCCAGCAUGGCACUGGUAUUCACAUGAAGAGCUCUUUGUGAGUAAAGCUCAGGAUAUGUGUGUUAUCAUGGGAAAUGUAGUUCUGGAUUCCAACAAAAAGACGGUGAUGUAGCAAAUGCUGAUGUGAAAUAAAGUUGUUUCAAUAGACUGCUCUAAUAAAUCACAAUAAUUAAACUC